GCGGGGCCGAGGGCCCGGCGUAGGCGGCGGAGGUAGCGGCUGCGGCGGCGGCGGCGGCGGCCGAGUCGGUUCCGGUCCGGGGUCGCUCGGUGGCGGGCGCGGCGAUGCUGCAGCUGCGGGACUCGGUGGACUCGGCGGGCACGAGCCCCACGGCGCUGCUGGCGGCUGACGAGGAAGUCGGGCCGGGAGGCAGCGUUGGUGGCGGCUGCGGCGGGGGGCGGCUGGGGACGGACACUCCGCUGCGACAGACGCUGUGGCCGCUCAAUGUCCACGACCCCACGCGGCGCGCCCGCGUCAAGGAGUAUUUCGUGUUCCGGCAGCCCGGCACCAUCGAGCAGGCGGUGGAGGAGAUCCGCGUGGUGGUCCGGCCCGUGGAGGACGGCGACAUCCAGGGGGUGUGGCUGCUGACCGAGGUCGAUCACUGGAACAACGAAAAGGAGCGGCUGGUGCUCAUCACCGACCAGGCGCUGCUCAUCUGCAAAUACGACUUCAUCAGCCUUCAGUGCCAGCAGGUGGUCAGGGUAGCCUUAAACGCGGUGGACACCAUCUCCUACGGAGAAUUCCAGUUUCCCCCGAAAUCGCUCAACAAGUAAGUGUGUUGAACAGAGAACCCGGCACCAGGGCCUCCCAGUCAGCCCUUCCGAAACCAGCCUCCAGUGAAUGUCUUGCUUCAGCGGCAAAAGAGUGUAGA